CACCAAUAAUCCCACGAAGAAGAAGAAGAUGCUAGUUAAGCUAGCAGGCUGGAGUCUUCGCUGUUAAAGUUUCUACCUUCCAGAGGUGGUUAUCAGGGAAACAAGUACGCUAGCAGGUUUGAUGAAAAUGCGCCGCCUGGGCUCCGUUCAGCAGAAGAUACCGUGCGUGUUUCUCACGGAGGUGAAGGAAGAAGCGUCCAGAAAACGGGACCGUCAGCAAUUUCAGGUUGUCGCCACAGAGAACGUGAACCCUGUUGCUGUUGAAGCGAACGUCAACUGUGCACGUGCCACAGAGAAAUUGGACGGUACCUGCUGCUAUGUUGGCUUGUACCAAGGUCAGCCUUACCUCUGGGCCAGACUCGACAGGAGACCCAACAAGCCGGCAGAGAAGAGGUUCAAGAAGCACCAGCGUUCUCAGACAAACUAUAAAGAUUUUGUGUGGAACGUGGAGGAAGACUUUAAAAGCGUGCCAGAGACGUGGAUUCCAGCUCACAGAGUCAAACACCAUGACGGACACCCCAUUCCUGACGAACACGGACAUAUUCCAGGCUGGGUUCCAGUGGAGAACAACAACAAGCAGUACUGCUGGCACUCCUCUGUGGUGGAUUACGACGUUGGGACAGCUCUCGUCCUCAGACCCAGCUCAGAUGAAGAAGAUGUGCUAGAAGUUACAGCCGUCCCGUUGGCAGAGAUCCAGGAACAAACACUAGAGCUCAUCGGAACCAACGUCAACGGGAACCCGUACGGGCUGGGGAGUAAGAAGCAGCCCAUCCACCUCCUGGUACCACAUGGAAUUAUUUCCAUCCGAAACCCCUCGUCUGUGGACUUCCAGCAGCUGUGCUCCUGGUUCCAGGAGAGCCCUGAGGGCCAAGUAGAGGGCAUCGUGUGGCACUGCGACAACGGCUCCCUCGUUAAGGUUCAUCGUCAUCACAUGGGCCUCCGGUGGCCUGAUGGGGACCCCUGUCUCGCCAGAAGACCUGUGGUCAUUCGUGUUGAUGGGACAGUCGAUGCCUACAACAGCAAGAGCUUGUUUACGUCCUUUUUUAAGCUAAAUGGACACUUGUUUCGCCAGCUGCAGGACGUACAGUUUGAAUCAUAAGCAGCACACGAUGAUGAUGAUUUCAUCCCCGAGGAUCCAGACAGAUAACUGCACUACAGUUUAAUAAAUCUUAAAACAACUACUGCUUAAGAAACAGGUCCAGCUGGAAUUCAUAAUCGGAGUGAGUGAAGUGUGAAAAAGGUUGAACAUCUAACAGAGGAAAUGCAUUUAAAGGGAUAUUUUAGACAUUGUAA